AUGGAGCUCCAAAACCUGCUCCUCCUGUUGCUCGCAGGGUCCCUGGCCCUGACCGAGACCCGGGCGGGCUCCCACUCCCUGAGGUAUUUCGACACCUCUGUGUCCCGGCCCGGCCUCCGGGAGCCCCGCUUCAUCUCUGUGGGCUACGUGGACGACACGCAGUUCGUGCGCUUCGACAGCGACGCCGAGAACCCGAGGACAGAGCCGCGGGCGCCGUGGAUACAGCAGGUGGAGCAGGAGUACUGGGACCGGAACACACGGUACGCCAAGAACACCGAGUUGUCUUUCAGAGCCAACCUGCAGACACUGCUUCGCUACUACAACCAGAGCGACACCGGCUCUCACACGCUCCAGUGGAUGUAUGGCUGUAAGGUCGGGGCAAAUGGGCGCUUGCUCCGCGGGUACAUGCAGUUUGCCUAUGAUGGAACAGACUACAUCGCCCUCAACGAAGACCUGCGCUCCUGGACCGCUACCGACGCAGCAUCCCAGAGGAGCAAGCUCAAAUAUGAGAGCUCCAGCGAGGCUGAGCACCACAGGACCUACCUGGAACGCGAGUGUGUGGAGUGGCUGCGCAGAUACCUGGAGAUGGGGCAGGAGACUCUGCAGCGCACAGACCCUCCCACAGCACAUGUGACCCACCACCCAGUCUCUGACCAGAAGGCCACCCUGAGGUGCUGGGCCCUGGGCUUCUACCCCAAGGACAUCACACUCACCUGGCACCGAGAUGGGGAGGACCUGACCGCGGACAUGGAGCUGGUGGAGACCAGGCCUGCAGGGGAUGGAACCUUCCAGAAGUGGGCAGCUGUGCUGGUGCCUUCUGGAGAGGAGCAGAGAUACACGUGCCACGUGGAGCAUGAGGGGCUGCCUGAGCCCCUCACCCUGAGAUGGGAGCCUCCUCAGGCCACUGUACCCAUGUGGGGAGUCAUCAUUACCCUGGUCCUCCUGGCAGCUGUGCUCAUUGGAGCUUUGGUCGCUGUUGUGAUGAUAAAGAGAAAGCGCUCAGGUGGAAAAAGAAGAAACUAUGCUGAAACUACAAUGCCACUACUGCCCUGGGAUCUCACAGAAACUUGGUGUUGGUCCAGCAUUUUUGUAAAGGAUGGGGACCUGCACGUGGAGGGAAGGACGUCAGAGUGGUGGAUGGGUGUUCUGGGCACCUCACGGGAAUAUUUUCUGCUCAGGCUUCUAACAACUGCACAUCCACCAAGCGCCGGUAUGAGCCUGAGCUCCAUUCUCCUGCCCUGCUCUGUAGCAGUCACUUCUGCAGCAUCCAGCUGGUUGUCUAAUCCUGUCAGCGAGGCUUCCGCCAGCACUGAAGCUUUCCAACUACAGAGAGCCACCAGUCAGGCGGGCAGAUGGCCAAACAUCCUGUUGAGACUGAGAAAAGUCGAAGGAAAGAUGAGAGUCAAAGAUGGCAUGGCUGGAGCCAGCACCAUGGAAUAGCAAGCUAAAAUUCCACCCGUGGCGCUAACAUCCCAUAUGGGUGCCAGUUCACUUCCAAUCCCACUCCCUACUAAUGUUUCUGGGAAAGUGGUAGAAAAUAGCCCAAGGGCCCAGCACAGUGGCCUAGCAGCUAAAGUCCUCACCUUGAAAGCACUGAGAUCCCAUG